AUGGGAGUGCGGAGCCUUUUGGUGGCCAGCACGGUGCUGGCUUUGGGUCUGGCGCUCACUGGGGCCACCAACCCUGGCUUUGUGGUCAGGAUCACCCAGGCAGGCUUGGACUACGCCAAGCAGCACGGGGUUGCUGUCUUGGAGAAGGAGCUGGCCCAGCUGAAGCUGCAAGACAUCUCAGGUGAAUCCCGAAUCCGGAUCUUGGGGAAGGUGCGCUACGAGAUCUCCAGACUGAACCUUCGCAAUUUCCAGUUGCCGCACUCGCAGAUUUCCCUGGUCCCCAACCAGGGCCUGCAAGUCUCCAUCUCCAACGCCUUUGCUGAGCUGGACGGGAACUGGCGUGUGAAGCUGCGCUUCCUCCGGCACCAUGGGUCAUUCAACCUGAACGUGGAGCACAUAUACAUCAAGACCACCCUGAAGCUGGGCAGAGAUGCCUCUGGGAAGCCAACGAUUGAUGUCUCUGCCUGCAGCACCAGUAUCUCCAAUGUCCGCGUACGCUUUUCAGGCAAAUUGAGUUGGCUUUACAACCUCUUCCACAAAACCAUUGAGUCCAAAUUCAAGAAAAACUUGGAGGACAAGGUCUGCGAAAGCCUGAGUAGCUCUGUCAGAAGAUACCUACAGCCUUACCUCCAGACCGUACCAGAAGCAAACGCACGUGAAACUGCUAUAGUGCUGUUGUACCAGGGAGCCGGGGCAAGGCUCUGCCCAGGCGUCAGCGGAGGCAAGCUGCUCCUGGCUCGCUCACCCUCUGCCCCGUGUCUUGCAGUAACAGCCAAGAUAGAUGCCGUGGCUGGGAUCGAUUACUCCUUGACAGCACCCCCGGUUGCCACUGCCCAGUUCCUCAAUGCGGACCUGAAGGGCGAAUGCUUCUCCCUGGCACAACACACCGCCAUCCCCUUCACGCCGCCAGCGCUGGCCUUUCCUCCUGAUCACAGCCGCAUGGUUUACUUCGGGGUCUCCAGCUACUUCUUCAACACCGCCAGCUUCGCCUACCACACGGCUGGGGCACUGGUCUUUGAAAUCACAGACUCCAUGAUCCCGAAGGACAUCGAAUUCCGUUUGAACACCUCCACCUUUGCGGCCUUCCUUCCCCAGCUGGACAAGAUGUACCCCAACAUGCCGAUGAAGUUGAGGCUGUCCGCUCCCUCCGCCCCGUUCCUGAGCAUUGGAACAAACGGGGUCUCGCUCCAGCCUGUUGUGGACAUCCAGGCUUACGCCAUCUAUCCCAACGGCAACCUGGCCCCCCUCUUCCUCCUCAGCUUGACAGGCAACGUGUCUGCCACCGCGGACGUGAGGUCCGGCCGCAUGGUUGGGAGCCUGGCCCUGGGCAGGAUGAAGCUCACGCUGAAGCAUUCAGAUGUCGGCACUGGCACUUUCAAGGUGAAAAUGAUGCAGUCAAUAAUGAACAUAGUUGCCUCCAGUAUCCUGCUCCCACGUCUUAAUGAGAGAUUAGGUAAGGGCUUCCCUCUGCCACUACCAGCCCAAGUACAGCUCUCCGAUCUCCUCGUGCAGUUUCAUGAGAAUUUCCUGCUGUUUGGAGCAAACGUUCGCUACCAGCCCAGGCAAGGCAGAUAGAUGACCAAAGCGACCUUCAGCACCGACAACGCCCCCCUCUCGCCUGCCCCGUGCUGCCCCUCCGAGGGGACCCGGUUCCCGUCCCGCACCCCUGGCUCCCAACCCCGGCUCCCCCCCGCCGUCCCCGCCGCCGAGACGGCAAACAAACGGUUCUGCCAGAACGUGACUCAUCGGCCGCCCCAGCCCGAGCAGCCAGAGGACAAACCGCAGACGCGCAGGCCAGGGCCAGAACCGCCCGAGGGGCCGAGCCCCACGGCCCGGGCUGGGCUGAGGGGACCGCGGGAGCCCGGGGGUCCCUGCCCACCCCAAAUCGCCGCUGCUGCGGGUCCUGGGCCCUCUCCUGCCCUGGCCCCGAGGGGCCACCGACCACCACGCUGCUGGGGCCGACGGAGCCGAGGCUCGGGACGAGGCCUGGCGGCGGCGGCUUCCCCUCCUGCACGUGCUUCACCUUCACCGAGCGCUUCCCCGCGGUGCUGUACAAAGCCUUGCUCAGUCGGGGGGCUUCCAGCGCCCUCGCGGGGGCUGCGCCCCGCUCUGAGCCUUUGAUAUAAAAUGCAACAUGGAAAUCGCUCCCGUUACCGCGUUGUUAUAACGCCCUUCGUGCACCUCCCACCGGGGCGGAGAGGCGGCCGGGAGGGCCUUUCAGGACACCUUCAUCCCCCUUGCCGCGACAAAACACGGCGGACAAGCACGCUUUUCCCUUUAUUUAUUCUAUCCCGGGGGGGGAGCGCCGCAGGGACCGGGCCAGCCCCGCCGGAA